UUUGUUAGCUCGAUUGUGUAGCGUCCCCCAGCAGAUCCAACGAACGGCACACUGAAAAUCACUACAACCCAAAUACACACAAAACAGCUAACACGGACUCGCUGAUUUCGACCAGCUCUUCUUCCCUUUCACAGUUGAAUUCAGCAUGGCAUCAAAGGCAAAGCGUGCAAAGAAAGUUGUGGCAGCUGAGGCACCCGAACCAGAGGUUGAGGAUGGAGAAGCUGAGCAAGUAGAGAAACCCAAGCGCCCGUACACUGCCUACUUCGCUUUCCUGGCCGACUUCAGGAUCGAGAUGAAGGACAAACUGAAGACCGGACAGAAGAUUCCGACGCUGGCCGGCGAGAGAUGGAGAAGCAUGACCGACGAUGACAAAGAACCGUACAUCACGCAAGCUGCGACACUCAAGAAAGAAUACGAGAAGAAGAUGGAAGACUGGAACAAAAAACAUUUAAAGUAGAGAUCGGAACCCGAUCCACGAGGGAUUAAACCCCGGCGCUUUACAAAAGCGUGGGUGACGCUUUACAAAAGCAUCUGGGUGAUGCUUUACAAAAGUGUCUGGGUAAGCAGUGCUCCUGUUAGAUUUGUGAAGGACACUGUCACGUGGGUAGGGUGUUUACUUUAAGUGUGUCGUAGUAUUUUGUACAAGUUUAAAACUUCUUCAUUGUCAGCAGUCAAAAUCCACCUUACAAUCCGAUCAAAUUAUUUGCAACAAAAUCAGAUCAAAUCAAGAUUGAUAAAAUUUAUGAGAAGAAGAUGGAAGACUGGAACAAAAAACAUUAAAAGUAGAGAUCGGACUCGAGAUCUACGAGGGAUCCAUGACGCUUUACAAAAGUGUCCGGGUAAGCAGUGCUCCUGUUAGAUUUGUAAAGGACACUGUUAUGUGGGUAGGGUGUUUACUUUAAGUGUUUCGUAGUAUUUUGUAGAAGUUUAAAACUUCUUUGUCGGCAGUCAAAAAUCCACCUUAAAAUUCCAAUCAUAAUUAUCUCUAACAAAAUCAGAUCAAACAAAGGUUGAUUAUUAUUUAGUUACAUCUAUGAAGGGCAGGCAAUCUAUAAAUUAGCAGAAAUGAUUUGGGGUUGAAAAAAACCAAUUAUUAAGAGCAGGAGUUGAACCAAGGACCUAAAAGGUCUACUAACGGAGCUUUUUAGCCCUAUGUCGACAGCCUAGCUCUGUUUUGUCACGAACCAAGUUAUUGACUGCCACCCUAAAUCCAAAUUAACAAUUCAAAUAUAAACUUGUUUUAUGAUUGUUAUAUGUAAUUAUAUUUCAGUCAAGUACUUUUGGGAAAUGGACAAUUAAAUUGUCACGAUAAAGUUGGAAAGUAUAUUUUUCUAUUUAUUCUUUCCAAUAAAAAAGAUUAAUAGUACAUUCACUGCCAGCCUCGAGUUGACUUAUGAGGCCAAACAAAAUGGUCGCUUCAUAAGGGAGUGUCUUAAAAUGUGGGUUUCAGUUCUAGGCACAAAAGAACAUUUUCCUGCAAUCCAUUGGACCGCCAUUGUAUUGCAGUACGGGAGCAAUUCUACACAAGUGGAUUUGAGCAUUUUAAAAAGUUCUUACGGUCCAAUGGAAUGGUCCAUGAGCACGCGUU